AUGGAAGUGUCACAAUCGCAAUUGGACUUGAAGAUCAAGUAUUUGAAGCUCAAGCGGAUCAACGAGCUCAAUGACAAGCUCAGGGACGAGUUGCAGCGGGAGCGGAUCACGGCAUCCAAUGCUUGCUUGCAAUUGAUUGCUUACACCACUUCCACUAGGGACUACGCCUUGCCCACACUAUGGGGCUAUCCACCUGCCGAUACUAACCACUUCAGGGACUUCCAAACGCAGCAUGCAGACGAUGCUACGUGUUGUACCAUCAUGUAA